AUGGGUGGCUUGAGUCAGUUGCACAGCGCCAGCAACCCGGGGGACCAACCCUCCCAGCCCCUCCGGCCUCCCAGAACACACAGACAAGCGAGGUGUGGAGUAAGGUGUGCGGUCCCUUUUAGAGGAGUACCGCGCUGCCCGCGUGGCCCGACAACAACAAUUCCAUUGGCUAGAGCGCGGCCUCUGGCCACACCUUUCACACUAAAUAUCUGGAAUCCUAUUGGCCCAGAGUCCAGGGCCCGCCUCCCUCGCUCUCGGAGCACGGGCGCCGCGCCAGGUUGGCUGACGCAACCGCGUUGCCCCGGCAACCUCUCCCCGCCCCCGGGGCAAAAGGGCCAGGGCGCCGGAGCCAGUGCGCAGGCGCGCGGCCGCCAAAGCCGGGAGGGGGUUCCCAGGGCUCGAGGCCGGGACCCCCGUGUCCUUGCUCUCCGCGCCGCCAUCACCCCGGGGCAGCGUGUCGGGGGCGUCCAGAGCCCCGGUCGCCCGGAGGAGGAGGAGGCGGCGCCAGGGGACCGACCUGCUGCGGGUGUGGCCGGCGGGCGGGGCGCGAUAGCGCGGCCGGUGGCUCCGGGGAUUUCAAAGGCGCGGGGUCACACGCCCAGCAGCCGAUCAGCCGCGGCAUUUGGCGACGCAGCAAAUCCAGCCCUGCGGGGAGGGGCCCCCCUGGUCCCUGCUCCAGCCCCAUGCCCAGGCUACAGGGCCUCGCGCGCCCCCAGCCGCAUCUCCCUGCCCCCGGCGCCUCCCAGGACUUGUGACAGUCCGGGGGGGCCUGGCCGGGGCUGCCCUGGCGUCAGCCUUCUCAUCUGCACAGUGGGAGCCUCCUGGGGCCGUGCAAGGAGGCUCACCCCGCCCGUGUGGGGUUCACACCCUCCUGGGGCCGUGCAAGGAGGCUCACCCCGCCCGUGUGACCCUCACACCCUCCUGGGGCCGUGCAAGUAUUCACUCGUGCAGGGGCUUCAAACGACCCUCGUCCAUCCUCUCACGGUCCUAGCGGUUAGAAACCCCACUUGGGGGCCUCACUGGGCUAACAUCAAGGUGUGCACAGGGCUGGUCCCUCCUGUUUCUCCAGGGGAGAAUCCACUUCCUGCCUUUCCCAGCAUUUAGAGGCACCCACGUCCUUCAGCUGUGGCCCCUUCCUUCCCACUCACAGCCAAGCACAGCCUCUUCCAGUCUCUUUCUGACCCUCACCCUGCUGCCUCCCCUCAGGAGGACCCUGUGAGGACACUGGACACCCCGAUCAUCCAGGAUAAUCUCCGGUCUCAAAAUCCUGACUCAGCCCCACCUGCAGAGUCCCUUUCGCCCUGGAAUUUCCCCUGGCCAUGCCCUUCCCAGGAUCUGCAACCUGAGAGACUACUCCUCCCCACCAAAAAAAAAAAAGGCCGGGCUCAAGCCUGUAAUCCCAGCACUUUGGGAGGCCGAGGCAGGUGGAUCACCAGGUCAAGAGAUCGAGACCAUCCUGGUCAACAUGGUGAAACCCCGUCUCUACUAAAAAUACAAAAAAUUAGCUGGGCGUGGUGGCGCGUGCCUGUAGUCCCAGCUACUCAGGAGGCUGAGGCAGGAGAAUUGCCUGAACCCAGGAGGCGGAGGUUGCGGUGAGCCGAGAUCGCACCAUUGCACUCCAGCCUGGGUGACAAGAGUGACACUCCAUCUCAAAAAAAAAAACACCUAAGGCUGGGUUGGGGGUGGUGGCUCAUACCUGUAAUCCCAGCACUUUGGGAGGCCGAGGUGGACAGAUCACGAGGUCAGGAGUUCAAGACCAGCCUGACCAACAUGGUGAAAACCUGUCUCUAUUAAAAAUACAAAAAAACUAGCCCGACGUGGUGGUUCAUGCCUGAAAUCCCAGCUACUAAAGAGGCCGAGGCAGAAGAAUCGCUUGAACCCGAGAGGCGGAAGCUGCAGUGAGCUGAGAUCACAUCACUGCACUCCAGCCUGGGCGACAGAGUGAGUCCAUGUCUGAAAAACAAACAGCAACAACAAACCUAAGGCCUUGUGGCCGGGCUCGGGGGCUCACGCCUGUAAUCCCAGCACUUUGGGAGGCUGAGGCGGGCAGUUUCUCUGAGGCUGUGAGUUUGAGACCAGCCUGGCCAACACGGUGAAACCCCAUCUCUACUAAGAAUACAAAAAUGAACCAUGCGUGGUGACACAAUUGUAAUCCCAAGUACUCGGGAGGCCGUGGCGGGAAAAUGGCUUGAACCUGGGACCGGGGAGGUUGCUGUGAGCCGAGAUUGUGCCAUUUCACUCCAGCCUGGGCGACAGAGCGAGACUCCAUCUAAAAGAAAAAAAAAAGAGGCCUUUUGGGAAAGAGAUGAGCUGGGACCAGGGCACCAGGCUCUGCGUGUCCCUCUGAGAGCCAGCUGGGUGUCUUCUGAGCCCCACCCCGGAGUAAUAGGAGGAGGAGAGGAAGCCAGGUGACCAGCUGAGGGCUUCGUCCACGGUCACUGGGGCAGGGCAGUGGCCUUUGGCCAUCUCUUGGGGCAGCCCUGCCCCCACACCUCCCUGGGGACUGUGCAGGGGCCAAACCUCAGGGAGGCGGGGCAUGCACGCUGCUACCGUCUGUCAGAGCAGGGUGGGCAGUCCUGGGCUCCCGGCCACACCUACCCAGCCCGCUCCCUGCCCCAACCGGAGGACCGUGGGCCCUGGCUCUGUCCCCAGGCAGGCCUGUGGAGCCACUGGAGUGGGGGCAAAGGUCUUUAUCGUUACCCUCGGGCCCGGCCGUCUGAUACCAUACAGAGGCCAAGCUAACUUGGAAUUGCAGAGAAACGGUGAAUCACUGGGCCAGGCGUGGUGAUCGCUGCGCUUUGGGAGGCUGAGGCGGGAGAAUCUUUGAGACCAGGAGUUCCAGGCCAGCCUAGGCAACAUGGCGAAACCCCCAUCUCUACCAAAACUAAAAUAGCUCUGUGUUGCCAGGCGCGGGGACUCACGCCUGUGAUGCCAGCGCUUCGGGAGGCGGAGGCAGGCGGGUCGUCUGAGCUCAGGAGUUCGAGACCAGCCUGGCCAACGUGGCAAAACCCGGUCUCUACUAAAAAUACAAAAACUAGCUGGACGUGGUCGCAGGUGCCUGUAAUCCCAGCUACUCAGGAGGCUGAGGCACAGGAUUGCCUGAACCUGGGAGACAGAGGUUGCUGUCAGCCGAGAUUUCACCACUGCACUCCAGCCUGAGCCACAGAGGGAGACUCCAGCUAAAAAAAAAAAAAAAAAAAGGCCAGGCAUGAUGGCGGGCACCUGUAAUCCCAGCUUCUCAGGAGGCUGAGGCAGGAGAAGUGCUUGAACCCGGGAGGCGGAGGUUGCGGUGAGCCGAGAUCCCACCACUGCACUCCAGCCUGGGUGACAGAGCGAGAAUCUGUCUCAAACCAACCAACAAACAAAUGCUUCGCUUGGAGACAUCGGAGCUCCCCCGCCUCCCACCCCCCGCACCCACCUCCCUUGCUGCAGAUGCCCAGCUGGGCCCAGAGAGGGGUGGUCAGGGUGGGGGGUGUGCCCAGCCUGUGUCCCUGGCUCAAGGGACGUGGGUGGAGGAAGAAGAGCGGGGCUGGCAAGACAUGACCUGCCUGGCACCUUCUCUGGGUCUGGAGACACCCUACAUACAACACAGGCUGAAAAUCCCCUGCACUCUGCAGAACUAAAGGACAGGAAAGAAACAGCAUCACUCCGGAGACGCGAGGAAUGGCUCGAGGCCGGCGGGGGGCAAACAGGUCGCCCCCAAGGAGGCUAGCGCUCUGCACCCUCAGGCUGAGGCUGGCCACACCUGCUCCACGGGCAGGGGCCGGACGGGGCGCCUCCAGGGAGCUGCAGGGCCGGGGGCAGGCUGAGCCUUUGGGCCUCCAUCCCUCUGGAGUCCCUCGGGUGGGGUGGGUGGUGCGGCCUCCGCUGUAACGAGGCGUCUGUUGUCCCGGGAAGCAGCAGGAACCUGUCUCUGUCCUGGAGGGAAGGCCAAGCCACCCCGUGGUCUGGGCACCCUGGGGCAGGACUGCAGGGACGUGAGCUCAUACCUGGGCCUCCUAUGUGCUCCAGGCCACUCUGCCAGGGCCCCGGGAGCCCGAGGGAAGCUGGGUUGCUGGGGGAUCCCCUACAGCGAGGGGCACGGGCCCAGGCAGUUGGGAUCUCCAGUGCGGGUUGCUGGGUGCACACUGGGCUCCGUCAGGGCUGUCAGUUUCGGUCCAAGACAAAUUGGGCAGAGGCAGCUCAGCCACAGGUGAGUCCUGCAGCUGUGAGGACCUCGGAGCCCGGCCCCUCCCACCACACCCGCAGGUCACCCUCCUGUGUGGCCAGUUCUGGCUCCCCCGUCAGCACCUUCGGGGCCUGAGCUACCAGUGCACCCAAAACAGGCUCUGGGGGUGCAAGGCCCUGCUGGGUCAACUCUCACCUGCCCCAGGCAAGGAGGCCAGCUGGUGACCAGGUGAGGAGGGGCAGGGCUGCCUGGAAGAAGCCACCAGGCCUAGCCUGGGUUGGGGGAGCCCACAGGGUUCAGGGCAGGUCCGGACCCCUCCUUAAAGGAGCACCAGUCCCUCCUGGCCCAGUUCAGGUUCACUUUAGCCCCGGGGGCUUCCCAGAAGAGGAGGCCAUGGCCUAGCCCUGAGCUAGGUCUGGUGAUGGCUCCCUGGUGGGAACCCAGUGGGUGGAGAGAGAAAGAAGCCACCUGCUAGAGACACCACUCCCCACCCCAGCCAGGCCCUCAGUGACCUGGAAGCCACUCCAGGGCCAGGCAUGACAAUGUGGAACAGGGUACCUGGUGGCCAUGCCAGGACCGCGGCAUGGGGAGCCCACUGGAGCGCAGGAGGGAUGUCAGUGUUUGGGGCAGGGGCUCUGUCCUUGUGUCUGGGGCCAUGGGCAUUUUGACGUGUGGAUUUGGCAGCGAUGCAGCUGCAUGCUGGAGGUGGGGUGGAGGAGAGGAGGGGUAGGGAGUGGGGGAGAAAGGGGAGGA